UCUCGCGGCUUUUGAACACUCUUCGGCUGGAGAGCGAGCAGCUGUCAGUCCGGCGCAGAGCGUCACGACGAGCAGGAGUCUUUGUGGAAGGACAGAGGCUUUAAAAUGCAGCUCAGCGACGGUUUAUGUACUUUAUCACGCUGCUGGACGUGUCCGCCGUCACUCGUUAGCAUCUAGCCUGUGAGCAGCGGCCGACCUCUUGUCUAAUCUCCGCGGUGUCGACGCUCCAGCCGACAGAACGAGUCCCGACAUGAGUAACGUUAAUCUGAUUUUUUGGGACCAGUUGCAGGCUGGCAGCUCCGAGGUGGACUGGUGUGAAGGCAAUUACCUAAUUUACCCGAGCAUCGCCGAGUUUUACAACACGAUCAGCAACAUUUUGUUUUUUGUUUUGCCGCCCAUAUUAAUGUGCUUGUUCCGCCAAUAUGCAACACAUUUCAACAGCGGGAUUUACCUCAUAUGGAUUCUGCUGGUGGUGGUGGGCAUCGGCUCCACGUACUUCCACGCCACCCUCAGCUUCCUCGGCCAGAUGCUGGAUGAGCUGGCCAUCCUGUGGGUGCUCAUGUGCGCCAUUGCCAUGUGGUUUCCCAAGAGAUACCUGCCUAGGAUGUUCAGGAGGGAUCGGUCAAGGUUCAAAGUGGUCAUCGGCAUCUUGUCGGGGAUCACCACCGGCCUGGCCUUUGUGAAACCCGUCGUCAACUCGUUGUCACUGAUGACUCUGGGCAUCCCCUGCACCGCGCUGCUCAUCACUGAGCUGAGAAGGUGUGAAAACCCCCGCGUGUUCAAGCUGGGCCUGGUCUCAGGGAUCUGGUGGGCGCUGGCUCUGCUGUGCUGGAUCAGUGACAGGAUAUUCUGUGAAAUGUGGUCGUCUGUCAACUUCCCCUACUUACACUGUGCCUGGCACAUCCUCAUCUGUCUGGCCUCCUACCUGGGCUGCGUCUGCUUCGCCUACUUUGACGUUGCGACCGAGGCCCCGGAGCGAGGGCCCGUCAUCAUGUUCUGGCCCAACGAGAAGUGGGCCUUCAUCGGCGUCCCCUACGUUUCCCUGCUCUGCGUCCACAAGAAGGCCGCUAUCAAGGUGACUUAAGGCGACCCGCCGGCGCCGGCCGGCCUCGGCGGGAAGCGUCCGGACGGCGCGGCCGCCGGGCCGCGUCCACUUGCUCUCUCGUGAUUGGCCGAUGGAGAUGAUGCACAACUGGAUUUAUCUUUAACCUUUUCUGUCCGGUUUUCACGACGCGGCAACGUUUAUGCAACUCUGUCAAAAAAAGUGUCACAAAUUGUUCCGCCGCCACACAGAGUGGCGCUUUAAACGGUCACAGCAUCAAAGCCAAGAAACAAACUCCUCCUCAGGCUCCGCAGAGGCGAACGGAUUAUUCUGCGUUUCAGGCUUCGUUAGAGAGAAUAUUUUAUGUACAUUUUAUAGUGACUCAAAAAAAACCUCAUUAUAAAGCAUGAUACUGCCUUUAUAAACGCUGAUAUAGCAUCUCAUAGGUGCAGUCUGGCCGUUAUGAAACCACGUGUAGCGACGAUAAAGCACUGGAUUCAUGAACUGUGAUUAAUGCAUUGAGCAUUAAAGCUUCGUGUUAUAUUGCUAAUCUGAUUUUAUGCUAAUGAAUCGAGUUACAGUUCCAGAAGUGUUAGAGGAAGGAGGGCGUUCCACCUGGAGCCCGGCGAGUUACAAACACACGACGCGACGUUACCUCGAGGUCAGCGUCAGCCUCUCCAUUAUCUCCACGUUACAAAGCUCGUCCUCAUUGAUCUGACACUUAAAUCAGAUGUCAGGACGGCGUGACUGAUGCCAGCUGACAGGCAGUGAUGAGACGACGGGUUGAUUCGCUUGUGAUGUGGAGAAAAUGGCUUUAAACGAUGAACUAACAGACAUUUGAGUUUAAAGUGUCAGAAACACUAAAGGCUCGUCUCUGUUAUGCUCCGCCUCACUUCCAGCAUGUGUCAAAUGUGUUUAAUAUGUUCGUGUACAUGUAUUUUUGACUAACAGUGUUAAUCUGCAGUUAUUUUCCACGUCAUUCAUGUAUCACUGAAUGAAGAGGUACCCUUCGACAUUUGGCCAAAAUCCAAAGUAAAGAACAGAAUGUGAAAUCAAAAAGUGACUGUUCGAGGAAAUCAUGACUUAUUUUGCACAACAUGAAGAAAGGUUCUCGAUCGUUUGGCUAAACGCUCACUGCGUACAAUUUCACCUCCUCAGUUUCUUCAGUAUUUGCUUGCUGAUGUUUAACGCUUCAGUUUUCUCUUCUGGGUUAUUUAUUCCAGGCUCAGUAUUUUAGAGUUUGUGCUAAAUAUUAUAAAACUAUGAAAACUGUGCAGAAAGCCUUACUGGACGACGUACGUGAAGACGUACGUGAAGCUGUGUGAUGAUUAGAGAUGGAAAUGAGGUCGUAGCAGGUAGAUUUGGGGCUUUUCGCUCUUUUGGCCGGUCUAACCGAUCAGUGUUGACUUCACGGACACUCUGUAUGUGGAAUAUUAAAGGGAAGUAAGCUGCAAAGACCAGGAGCACCAAAGCUUUUUCACCACAAACCAUUGUGUUAAUGUUGUUCCUGAAAACGGCCUCCAGCGUUCUCCUGCAAAGGCUUCUGGGAACUCACACCUCUGAAUUAACUUGUGCACAAACGAAGGCUCAAAUGAAGGAUCGUGAUUUAUGAAGAAAUCAUUUAAGUGGUAUUUUUGAACAAGGUGAAUCCAAAACGACUUAUAUUUUUCUAAAUGAAGGUGCUUUGUGAUGUCGCAUGAUUAAAACCUUUGAAUUGUCAAACAUCCGUGAAAACAGCUGGUUCAGGAGAAGCUUUCAGACGUUAUUGUGAACAAAGAAAAAAAAAGUGUUUGUGCUGCAGAUCGUGCUGACUCGUGCGUCUGAUCGGGCCGAGUCGUCCCGUUUCACGUGUUUAACGCCGCCCUCUUCGUCCCGUCAGUGGGCUCGUCUUCUCUUUUCUAUGGAUCUCCUCGUGUUUUUCUCUGCCUGCGUCGACAACGCAGACAAACUGCACAGAGGUAUUUAUUUUCAUAAUUUAUCCUCUUUUGUAAACAAAUCUUUGUACUCGAUUAGAACAUGAGGACGUUACUUUAUUUUAUGUAAUAAACCAAACCGAUA